AUGAAGACAUACACGCUUUUGUGCGUUCUAAUAUCGCUGACGCUGCUCAAAGCGGAGCCAAGUUGCAAUGAGAUCACUGAUCCUGACGAAUAUGAGAUAUGCAACCAACGACUUCGCGAUUGGAUCAACAUCAAGGACGAAUACUUUGCGCAAUGCUGUGAAGCUGUGAAUGGUCAACGAGAUUUGUGCGACAAAUGCGAAGAGGAGGCACAAAACAAUGCAACACAAUCACUAAAUGAAAUGGUAGCAGACAAUGAGUUAACGUUGGGUAAUAAAUGCAACACGGUCAAUGGCAAAUGUAUACCGAGAAAAAAUAACCCGAAUGAAUGCGGAUUAGUUGAUAAGUUUCAACUAAAAUUCUCAACAAAAGCGAACAAUGAAAGGAAGUGAGCUUUCGCUAAUUUUAGAUCUUAUCAAACGAAUUGAGCGACAUUUAAAAUAUUCAAAAUUAGAAACAAUUAAGAAAGCUACUCGACCGUGAGAUACCCGCAAAACCAUUUUUACUGAAAGUAAAACAGUGCGGUAUUAAUUUUAAAAUAUACAACAUUAAUGUACCGCAAAAAUACUAAAACUAUACCAAUAGAGUGUGCUCUACUGCGAAAUAUUCGCUAACCAUUUUCAA